ACCUUACCCACCCUUAUGGGGAACUUUGGAAUGAUCUUGUUAAUCUGGAGUGACUCUCAACUUCAUACUCCCAUGUACUUUUUCCUCUGCAAGCUGUCCUUUGUUGAUCUCUGCUAUUCUUCUGUCAUCACACCCAAAAUGUUAAUGGGCUUUUUGGUGGGAAGCAACAUUAUUUCCUUGGCUGGAUGUGCAGCUCAGAUGUGGCUUUUUGGCCUAUUUGUUGCCACAGAGUGCUACCUCUUGGCUGCAAUGGCUUAUGAUCGGUAUGUAGCCAUCUCCAAGCCCCUUCUCUAUACAAUUAUUAUGUCUAAGAAAGUUUGUGCCUUACUGAUUAUUGGACCAUAUUUUGUAGGGCUCCUAAAUGGCACUCUGCACACAAGUUUAACCUUCCAGUCAACUUUCUGCAAGUCCACAAUCAAUCAUUUCUUCUGUGACAUCCCUGCAGUGCUAUCACUCUCCUGUUCCGACACAAGCUUCAACAUGAUUGUGCUUUCGGGUCUCUCCUGUACCCUUGGCACUCUUAGCAGCUCUAUUGUCAUCAUCUCUUACAUCUACAUUUUUAUUGCCACCCUCAGGAUCCACUCUAGAGAGGGAAGAUGCAAAGCUUUCUCUACUUGCUCUUCUCACCUCACUGCUGUUUCUGUUUUCUUUGGAACUCUUUUCUUCAUCUAUGUGCGACCCAGCUCUGCUCCUGCAAUAAAUGAAGACAAGAUGGUCUCCCUGUUCUAUACUGUGAUGAUUCCCAUGUUAAACCCCUUGAUCUACAGCCUAAGAAACAAGGAGGUGAAGGAUGCAGCAAAGCGAGUGUUCAGGAGGAAACGGUUGUCUUCCAGGAUAUAUUUUCACUCUUUCUAG